GAGCUUCUGAAGAUUUCGCUUCCAUCGACUGUAGAAUCUCGCGUUCGGCGGUAAUUUCGGCAGAUUGCUGCCGGACGUUCUGGAUGAUGCGUGCAGGACAGCUCUGUGCUUCAGGGAAACAUUGAUCAUCGGUGUAAAGAAUGGCUCCGGUACGAACGGUACCAAGCAAGUAGGUGGAUACUGCAUUCAAGUGGAAUCCGUCGGUCCUGAAGGCCGCGAGUUUCUGGUGCACGUGCACUCUUCGAUGACCGUUGAUGGCUAUUUCAGCGGCACGAAGCUCAUCAGCUCGAUGACGGAGAAAUUGCAGUGCCUGGAAGAAAAACACACCGAGUUUCUUUACAAGGAGAAUGGGCUACAUGAAAAGUCAUUGAUCGUUGGCCUUCAAGAGAACGCGUAUCACGUCGAGAUUACACGCACUUGCCCUUUUGACGUGUCACCAUUGACGGAGAGCAAAGACCUGAAGCUUUGCCAAUACAAGAGCCUGAUUAGCGAAGGCGUGGGUGUACUACUGAUGCGAUAUCUCGCCAUAACAAAUUUCGAUGGCACUCUGCGUUUUCAGAAUAUUGCGAUAGACGGAGAAAUAAUUGUCAGCGAUUACAUCUGUACCGCGUUACGAGAUAUAGAACUACGCGGUCAUCAUCAGAAAGUAUACACCGUCGAGCGAAAAAUUUACAAAGAUGAUAGCCUCACGCAACAGGUCAAAAUUUAUUUGACCCCGGAAGGAAGAAUACUCAUACACGACUGGUUGGAUGUACCUUACGUAGUACAAAACAAUCCAUUGCUGCAGAAUCUGGCAGACGCAGGCACAAAUGGGCAAGUUCCAAUGAGAGAACAAUGGAUGCAAGAUAUCCAGAUGGUUUCCAAGUAUUUGGAUGCAAAGUCUUGUAACACGGCUCACUACACGGAUUAUCUGGUGGACCAUCCCGAGAUAAAGCAACUGAUUACGGAUUACGUGCAGAGCCUCCUCGUCGGUAAUCAACUCAAUCACUGGAUAAAGUUCGUGCCGAAUCUACUUCGACAGCUAUCAAGGGAUGAAUCUGAUAUUACCUGCGGCCUUUGCGGAGUCUGUAUAAAAUGCAAAAUUGUAUCACAAUUUGACAAGACCUUGUCCGACUGACGCAAAAAUAAAGUUCCAAAUUCUUAGAGAUAGAAA